AUGGCUGGCCAGCAGCCGCAGAAGGGGCAGGGCCUGCCCAACCCAUAUGGCUCAAUGCUCCCCAACCCGUAUGCUGGAGCCACCAUCUCGGCUGCGCCCGUCAAGUACACGGAGGAGCAGGUCAAAGCCCAGCAGCAAAAGAUCACACCUGCCUUUCAUAAUCCACACGCCAUCAAGCGUCCCCAGGCCAAGAACCAGACAAAGAAGCCCGGUAACAUGAUCAACAAGGGCGUAAUGCCUGCAGCCCGUCCGCUGUUUUCGUCUGGUGCUGGUCCAGCCACCCAACAACAUGGCAUCGAGUACUACCUGAGUACUGCAGAUGAUGAUGCUGCCAUCAUAGAAGAGCGCAGACAGCGCAACUAUGAGGAGAAGCAGCGCAAGAAGGAGCAGAAGAAGUUUACCAGACAAUACGGACAGUGGAACCCACAAGCACCACACAAGCCGAGCACUCCCUCCAACUUGGCUGCUUACAGGGCUAGCGGAGGCUACCGGCGCAAGAAGGAAGCUUUCAGCGCCUUCCUGCGUGGAGCUAGUGAACAACAGAGGUCUCGCGACGACAGCGACGCCUCGAACAGCCCCCGCCCGCUGUCUUCGGACAGCUCAAAGCCAGUUGCGCUUGAGCCUCCGCACUCUCAAGCGCCUCCGCCUCCGCCUCCGCCUCCACCACCAGCUUACCAGGGUGCGACUAUUUCGGCCCCUCCCGUCCUCUAUGCGGGUGCAACCAUCUCCGGGCCCCCGGUCCAUUACGAACGCCCCGCCUUGCAGAUGCAGGGCGGCGGUGCCGAGCCUAUGGAAGAUGAACGCCCAGCCAAGCGUGUCAAGACCCUCAGCAAGGCAGAGAAGAUGAUGGAGAAGAUGGGUUACAAGAAAGGUCAAGGCCUUGGAAAGAACAACGACGGUGUCAUCCAGCACUUGGAAGUCAAGAUGCGCAAGGCGCCCCAGGGUGGAACCAUCUUCGACGAUGACAACGGCAAGGUCAAGGCCCAGCAAGUCUGGGAUGUGCGCGGUGGUGAGCGAGCCCAGAAGGACGAGCCUGGCAAGUUCGGUGAAGAGUCUAGCGUCGUGGUUGCAUGGGGUUGCGUCGAUGGUGUGGAUUGGACCGCCAACGCCGACCGCAACGAUGGUGGUAUCCGCCAAGAGAUGGGCGAGGCCUUCGGCAACAAGUUCGGACCGGUCACAAAGGUGCAGCUGGACGAGAGCAGCAAGGAUGGCGCCGUCUACAUUCAGUUCAGUUCAGUGCUGUCUGCCUUGAACGCCGUCAACCGCUUCGACGAGGGCUGGGAGUUCAGAGGGCGGAAGAUCCGCGCAAAGUACUACGACGAGCGCAAGUUCCUUGCCGGCGUCUACGACCAUUAGACUUGGCGAGCUUGGAGAACGUAUACUACUGUGUGUUUCAUGGCUUGACAGAAGGCUGAAUGAAGCAUGGAAGAGCUGGUCGGGCUUGGAUAUAUGGAGGAAAGACUUCCACAUUGUUCCUGACUGUCUCAUCAUCCCACCCUUUAAGGAUGACACUAGGCACAUCUGCACACCAGAUUGUUAGCCGAAUACAUGUACAUUUAAUCAAGCAAGACAGCGGAUACGCACAACACAUCUUUUCUUUAUG